AUGAGCGCUAAAGAAUUCCUCGCUGGCGUCGAAGGCGGCGUGGUGCCGGUGGACUGCCAUGAGAAAGUGCUACGGAUAGCAUUCAUCUAUAUGGACGAGGGGCUGUGGCUCGACAGCGGCGUUUUUGAUGUUGUCGAGAAGCUGCACGCGCGCGGAUGGUCGUUCGGCGAGAGCGAGUUGAGGUUUAAUCGCACCCUGGAUAUAUUCUACCUCGCCCAGCUCGCAGCGGCCAUCUACCGCUCCACUGACCAACUUGAGGGUGACUUCCCUUCCCCUGAUGAUUUCCAGUCCUUCUACACCACACACCAUGCACUCCUCCACUCCUCCGCAUGGCGCUCUUAUUACUCUACUGCAUUCCUUACCCAGCGCACCACAGCGUGCUUCUACCGCCUGCCUGACCUCCAAGACCUACCUGACUCUGACUCUCCGCUGGGGCUGCCGCGCCAGCGACCCCCGCACACGCCACAAAACUCCCCCGCUGGGCCUACAGCCACGCUCGAGACGACCAUCACGCACCUGCGCACGGCCCACACCAGUGUGGCGCCCUACUCGGAGACGCAAGCGUGCUUCUGGCUUGAGUACAUGGGGCUGGGUUCGCCUGGCCGAUCUGGCUCAGCCAAGGCAGUUUCCCGGGAAGCGUGGGAGCCGAGCUUGUUCGGGAGACUGGUCGCGCAAGGAGCCUAUGAUAUGUACGCGUGGGAAUCAAAGUAUUCGGCGCAGCUGUGGGAGACGAGUGCGGCGAGGAGGGAGGCUGCUGAGCCAGAUGCGGAUGGCGCGUGGAAGAGUGAGGUGGUGUGGUGUGGGUUGCCGGAUGGUGGGGUGGGGCCGAUGGCAUGGUGGAGGGGGUGGGAGGGAGAAGUUGGGAGUGAGGAGGAGGUGGAGUUUUUGGCUGCUGUUGCAGUGAAGGAGACGGUGGGGGUGAAGGCGGAGGUAGGUGAGUUGGACUUUGCAGUGCGGUCGCAUAUGUUGCUGGGGGUGAUGCGGGCUGCGGUUGAGGGGGGGCGGGAGAGGGAUGUUUUUCUGGAGGACCUAGAGAGGGGGAUGGUGGGGACAGGGAGGAUUGAAGAGGGGAGGGCAGGGAGGUGGCUGAGGGAGGUCUUGGGGGCCGUGAAGCCAUAUGUGAGGAUAUGGGAG